AUGCCCAUGUUGAACAUCCACUCCUUGAAACCUGAGGCCCUGCAUCUGCCACUUGGGACCUCAGAGUUCCUAGGCUGCCAGCGGCGCCACACACUCCCUGCCAGUGAGUUCCGCUGUCUCACACCCGAGGAUGCCACCAGUGCGUUUGAGAUUGAGCGGGAAGCCUUUAUCUCUGUCUCGGGUACCUGUCCCCUCUACUUGGAUGAGAUCCGGCAUUUCCUAACCCUGUGUCCAGAGCUGUCACUGGGCUGGUUUGAGGAGGGCUGCCUUGUGGCCUUCAUCAUCGGCUCGCUUUGGGACAAGGAGAGGCUUACUCAGGAGUCACUGACACUACACAGACCCGGAGGCCGCACAGCCCACCUGCACGUACUGGCAGUGCACCGAACCUUCCGGCAGCAGGGCAAGGGUUCUGUCCUCCUAUGGAGGUACCUCCACCACCUGGGCAGUCAGCCGGCCGUGCGCCAGGCUGUGCUCAUGUGUGAGGAUGCCCUGGUACCCUUCUAUGAGAAAUUUGGCUUCCAGGCUGUGGGCCCAUGUGCCAUCACCGUGGGCUCUCUCACCUUCAUGGAGCUACAGUGUUCCUUACGGUAUCACGCCUUCCUGCGCAGGAACAGCGGCUGCUGACC